AGAUUGGCUCAGACGUGUAGUGUAGCAUUUCCAAAGGGAACAAGUCCCAUGGCAGCAGAAGAUUGGAAGGAUAGCAACAUUGGUGCAAUUGGCACUGAUGAAGAUAAGGCUUUGAGGAAAAUGGCGGCGACGAAGGAGCCUGCAUGGGCUGGUGCCGGAUCUAAGCCUGGACUUCUUGUGUGGCGAGUUGAGCACUUCCAUGUGGUACCUGUAGACCCUGGGAGCUACGGAAAGUUUCACAAAGGUGACUCCUACAUUGUGCUCCAGACGGUGGAGACCGAUAGCGGCAAAUUGGUCCACACCAUCUACUUUUACAUAGGGACGGAAAGCUCGAUCGACGAGAAGGGAACUGCUGCAUACAAGACAGUUGAGCUUGAUGAUCUUCUUGACGGGGAGCCCAAGCAGGUGCGUGAGGAGAUGGGCAAAGAAUCGCCCGACUUUGUGGGACUCUUCAAGGAGCUUGAGUUCCUGGACGGAGGUGUUGACAGCGGCUUCAAGCAUGUGGUGCCCGAGGGCCAUGACACGAAGCUAUACCAGAUCCGGAGAGUCAAGGGCAAAACCACAGUCCUGCAGGUGCCAGCCAGAAAAGAAAUGCUCAACGACGGAGAUAGCUUCGUUCUCGAUGCUCCAGAGAAGAUCUACGUCCUGGAUGGUCCCAAGGCCUCUCCCUUCGAGAAGCGCCAAGCCAACGAGACUGCUGAACAUAUUGAGACAUCCAGGCAUGGCAAAGUGCAAGCCACCCAUGACAUUGACGAUGCUUUCUGGGCAUUGUUGCCAUAGAAGACCUGGGCUUGCAUUUCUGAGUCCCUGGCCCUAACGCUCAGAUCGAUUCAGAAAAAAGAGGACGAGACCCGGGAAAGUGAGAUCGUACUUACAGACCUGAGAGUGAAUGCAAGUGCUGCAAGUGAGCAAGUUUGAAAGGAAGAGUUGAGAACCCAGAUGAGGAACCUAAGACUAGCGAUGGCCUCCAACCUAAUAGCAAUGGCCUCCAAGUUAAUAGCGAUGAGGUAAUUCAAUGCAAUUUAGUAAUUUAGCAUCCUCCACUUCAGACACCAUCAACCCGGAAAAAAAGUCCAAUGGCAG